AUGGCUUUUGAUACCCACAUGCGAAGGGGACACCCUAUUGUUUUCUCGUUGAUUAUGUUCUUCAGUAUCAUCGAGCUUGCAAUCUCGGCCUGGCUCACGUCACGUUUUAAUGCCCACAACAACUACUUCAGUCUAGAUGAACGAGACCGCACUCGUUUUCUGUUGUUCACUUCAAUAUGGACCGUCGUAUUCUCUGGUCUCUACAUGUUCUUCUUUUUCUCUCUUCCAGACACUGUUAUGGCUAGUGUGGCUUCUCAUAUAUUCUUCCUGUUCAUAACAUGGGUCUUCUGGACCGCGGGUGCUGCAAGUAUAACUGCAACUCUCGGUGGAGGGCUGAAUUGCACUACCCAGAACGUGUUCGUCUAUUGUGGUCAACUUAACGCGCUAGAAGGCUUUGCCUGGGUUAUUUGGCUUCUUGUAACUUUUGCCAUCUUUGUUGUGCUCAUCCGCGGCAUUCUCGCGGCUCGUCGCGGCGAUGGAAUGCGCGGCCCACUGAUUGCUUGA